GGAGGGUUGCAGCCGUGGCGGCUUCUCGGAGCGUCUCUGCCUUCUCUUUCCGCGGCCUCGUCCUGACUCGCCCCGGCGCCCUUCGGAUCCAUUGAGGAUGAGUUUCCCGGCCUUCCAGCGCGCGUCCUCCUAUGACCGUCCUAACUCCUUCAACUAGCGACUGGUCUCUCUUGCAAUUAUGGCUAUCUGAAAGAACUAGACCGAGUGGAGGGGGAGCCCUCCCCCCUCCAUUUGUUGCUUUUUGGAAUUAUAUUUUUUCUGGACAGUAAUAAUAUAUUUUAUAGAUUAAAACUGAGGAAAUGAAUUCUGAAUUUAUAUUGGUAAAGUUAUUUAUUUUUUUAAGUAUCAAGUCUUAAUAGCACAAAGAUUCCCACGGAAGCUGCCCGAAAGGUGGAAAUCAUGAACUUCUUGUGAAGAAAGAACAAAGGGAGAAUUUGCAGGGCCUUGUCUUGCGUAAAUGAACAGUUCAGUGGGGAAAAGAUGAGUUCUCUGGUGCCUGAUUGUACCUCAAAGUGUCGUUCAUUACAGCAUGCUUUAGAUAUUGUUUCCGCAGUGACCCAGGGAAGUGAAGGUCAAAUCAAAGCCUUCCUCACUUCUCACUGCUAUAAUGCCGCAACAAGCAAGGAUAUGUUUGGCAGGAAUGCCCUCCAUAUUGCCUCCUCCUGUGGUAAAAAAGGAGUGCUAGACUGGCUGGCAGAAACAAACGGAGUGGAUUUGUUGGCAAAAGACAAGGAGUCGGGAUGGACAGCUUUGCAUCGUGGCAUUUUCUAUGGUCAUAUAGAUUGUGCAUGGUCAUUACUAAAGCAUGGUGUGAACUUGUAUGCUCAGGAUAAAGAAGGCUUGUCUGCUUUGGAUCUAGUUAUGAAAGAUAGGCCAGCCUUCGUUACCUUCAAGAAUACAGAUCCCACAGAUGUCUACACUUGGGGAAUCAAUAUCAAUUUUACUUUAGGCCAUGGUGGUCAGCAGAAUAGACAUCAUCCUGAGUUGGUGGAUCUCUUUCCUCGAAAUGGGAUUUAUAUUAAACAGGUGGUACUCUGCAAAUUUCAUUCUGUGUUCCUUUCCCAGAAAGGACAGGUUUACACCUGUGGGCAUGGUCAAGGAGGUCGCUUGGGGCAUGGUGACGAACAGACUUGCUUGAUUCCUAGACUGGUAGAAAGCUUGGUGGCUCAUCAGUGUUCUCAAGUGGCAGCAGCUAAAGAUCAUACGCUUGUACUAACAGAAGAUGGGUGCCUCUAUGCCUUUGGCAUCAAUACUUUUCAUCAACUUGGUAUACAUCCUCCUCUUCCUAACUGCAGUGUUCCCAGACAGGUGCAAGCAAAAAAUCUUAAGGGAAGGACAGUGAUUGGUGUGGCUGCAGGGAGAUUCCAUUCAGUAUUAUGGACCAAAGAAGCAGUCUAUACAAUGGGACUGAAUGGUGGACAAUUAGGAUACUUGCUAGAUCCUAAUGGAGAGAAGUGUGUAACUUCUCCUCGCCAAGUCUCUGCUCUACAUCAUAAGGACAUCAAUAUGUCCUUUGUCACUGCAAGUGAUGGUGCCACAGUUUGUGUUACUGAAAAAGGAGACAUCUAUUUGCUUAGUGACUAUCAGUGCAAGAAGAUUGCUUCCAAGCAACUAAACCUAAAAAAGGUUCUUGUAAGCGGAGGGCAUUUGGAUUACAGAGUGAAUCCUCAACAUCUUAAAGAAAAUGGAGGGCUGAGGAUUUAUAUUCUUGCACUGGAUCAAGCUGGAAGAGUGUUGUGCUGGAAAUCUGCCAACAGUUCAAUGAAGCAGUGCCGGUGGAUCUAUGGCCGCCAAGUGUAUAUGUCUGAUAUUUUUCUAAAUAAGAAUGAAAUUAUGUUUGUCACACGGGAUGGUGAAGCUUUUAAGGGAAAAUGGAUGGAUGGGAACAGACCUUCAGAAAAGAAAGAUAUUGUGUCAAAUCUUCAGAAUUCUUCAAGUGAUAUCUCAUCCUAUGAUGCAAAUAAUGCAUAUGAACGAAUACAACUUGAGAAACUUGCUUUUGUGCACAGAGCAGUCAGUAUUACAACAGAUCCUAAUGGAUGUAAUUUUGCUGUUUUACAGUCAGAUCCCAAAACAAGUUUGUAUGAAAUUCCCAAUGUGUCAAGAUCCGCCAUUACUGAAGAUUUUGGAAAGUUGUUGAGAGAAGCUGAAAUUAUGGACACCAUCCAUGAUGUUACUUUCCAGGUUGACACUCGGACAUUUCCUGUGCACAAAUACAUGUUGGCAAUGCGCUCUGAUUUUUUCCGGAAACUCUUUGUAUCGGACUCAAAUUGGUUAGAUUCUGCUGACCUUUAUCGUAAAGAUAAAGACGAAGUUGGUUGUGAUUUCUUUGUGAUGGAGAAACUUCAUCCAGACUUGUUUAUGUACCUUCUCCAGUACAUUUACACAGACUCAUGUGAUCUGCUGAUUCAUGGCUACAGUCCCAGAAUGGUGUACAAAGAAAGAGUGGAAGAGGAUGAAGACAACUUAAUUACAAACUUGAAUAAAAUAGCUAUUCAUGGGGACGUUAAUAACAAGUCUGCAUUUGCAGUUUAUAGACGCAACCAAGUGCAGAUGAUGAAUGAAAAACAGAGAAGUAAAUCAAAACCCACUUCUAAAAAAUGCAAAGAUGUUGGAGAAGAAAUGAAUCUUGUUAAAAUGUUGCAAAUUGCUGCAAAGAAAUUUGGUCUUAGUAAUUUAAGUUCAAGGCUAGAUGGAAUCAGGAUAGAAAACGGAAGAGUUAAUGUUGUGAACAGAAAAAAUGGCAACAAACCAAAGUUCAGUCAGAAAAAAUGUUCACACCUUUGUGAUGUGACUAUCAAGUCUAAAGAUGGAAAGGAAUUCCCAUGCCACAAAUGUGUGCUCUGUGCUAGACUUGACUACUUUCACAGUAUGCUGAGCAACUCUUGGAUUGAGGCAACAUGUUGUGCAUCUCUAGAGUUGCCGUUCUCAUCUGAAAUCCUGCAGGUCAUCCUGGAUUAUAUUUACACAGAUGAAGCUGUUGCAGUAAAUGAAUCUCAAAAUGUGGAAUUCAUCUGCAAUGUUCUUGUGGUGGCAGACCAGCUCCUUAUGUUACGGUUAAAAGAAAUUUGUGAAGUAGCCAUUACAGAGAAAUUGACUUUAAAGAAUACUGCUGAGCUCCUGGAAUUUUCAGCCACAUAUAAUGCUGAACAGCUAAAACAGUCUUGCUUGCAGUUCAUUGUGUUAAACAUGGCAGCCAUGCUUGAAACACGAGUUCUGGAUGUUUUAAGUGAUGAAGUUUUGAAAGAUCUUUCUAUCUCUUACAGAAAAAUGAUUCCUGCUAUGGAGCGCAGAGUAAUUACUCCCUACCAAGAUGGUCCUGAUAUUAGUUCUCUGGAGCCUGAGGAAGGAGAAACCUUUGUCUUCCUAAAAGAGGAGCGGAACACAGAGCAAGCUUUGCAAGAAGCACUCCUCAAGAAAGCUAAAGCAAAGGCUAAAAAGAAACCUCGAAGACGUUCCGACAGUUCAGGAGGGUAUAAUCUGUCAGAUAUUAUACAGAAUCCACCUACAGUUCAUGUAGGAAUAUUGAAACUGGAUAAAGCUAAUUCUACUGAAUCCCUUCCUGAGAUGCUGACAUCUGAUUCUGAAGGCAGUUCUGUGGGAGUGAACAGUCCCAGAGAUUUGCAGUCUCCUGAUUUCACAGCAGGUCUCCCUACGGAUAAAACUGAGGUGAAAGAGAAAAUGGAUAUUUCAAAUACAUUUGUUUCUCCUGCCAAUAAAGAAAUAAAAAUCUGUCAUGGAUCAUCAGUGCAAAAACAUUCUCUUCCACAGAGUAUUCCUAGUAACAAAAGCACCUAUGUGAGUCCUUCCAACUGGGUUGCCAGCUCUUUUAGUCCUGCCAGUCCUCCUGCUGUUGAUUUAAGAACUAUUAUGGAAAGUGAAGAAAAUUUGCAGAAAUGUGAAGGCAUGCCAAAAAUAAAUUCAUGUAGAGCGACUUCUCAUGGAAAUAAACUUUCUCAGAAGCAAAAGAAACUGAUGGCUCUGGCUGCUAAGGAUAACAACCCAGAGAUUGUGCCAGAUGUAGUUGUGCUAUCUGCAGCUCCCAAAACUACAAAAUCAGCAACUGUGUGGGCUUCCUCACUGCAUUCUGCUUUGCCAAAAUCAUUCAGAGAUCUUCUGUUAGAAGAGAAAAAAGUAGUUGGUGCCAAUUGUGCUAACGUGAUGGAGAAUGUACCAGCUCAAAAAUGUUUGAGGUACGAAAACACCAUUGCUCUUGGAGCAGAAAGUGACUAUUCUUGUGAACCAACACCAUCAGAAAAUCAGAAUCCUUGGUUAGCAUCACCCUUAAGAAACCCGGCUGCAGCAUUGCCUAUGACAUUUGCAGAAAUUGUAGAGGAAGAACUUCAGCAAGAAGCUGCUCUUAUACGAAGUAGAGAAAAACCUUUAGCUUUGAUCCAGAUUGAAGAACGCGCUAUUCAGGAUUUGUUAAUCCACUACCAAGCAGUUGGCAACCCUGAUGAGUUUGUUGUUGUUGAAAGGUCUCCACAGGGGCCAAUUGCAGCUCCUAUGUGGAAUAAGCAUUGAUGCCCUCAUUUUAAAAAAAAAUUCUGCUGCUCAUAAAUGUGAGGUUAUUUGUUGUUUGCAUGGACAUGCUGAUUCUAAAGUAAGAAUGAGGAUAGUAAGAUAAUGUCACCGCUUUUCAGUACAGUAUCUGUUUUGAAAUGUGCGAUUUCUUUAUCAAAUUGCUGUACUAGAUUGUGCUCAUUUACCAGAUGCUUUUUACUCGCUAUUUGGAGUUGAAAAAUAUUACAUAGGGUUAAAGUACACAGGUCAUGUACUUCAUAUAAUUAGUUGUCAAUAAUAAGUACCAUAUUUCCAGUUGGCAGCAAUUGAUUUCUCACACUCAUGUAUACCUGUGAAAUGAAUGGGACUAAAAAUGAUCAACAUGGAUUUCAGAUCAUUUAAAAAUGCUUUUGUAUGUAAAAGGAAGAAAAAUCGUGGUGUUAUAGAAACGGGUAUUUGAUGUCUGUAUGUUUGUGGAAUUAUAGUCUUUGUUUUACUGGACAGUGCUCUUAACUCCAUGCCUUACAGGAAUGCAAGCGCUUACAUAGUUAUAAGAAUGUUGAUGAUGAUGAUGAUAUUACUUACUACUAGUUCUGUUAUUACUAUUAUUACUAAUUUCUUCUGAAGCUAAUUUUCAGAUGAGGUCUUACCUUUCAGGAAAGAUGGAAGCUACGUAUUAAAGCUUGAAAGGAAAUGGGACAACUUAUUUCAGCAUCUUUCAGUCUCAAAUAACUUUUAGAUGUUUGGGCUUCAGUUCCCAGAAUUAUCAAGCCAGCACAGGGAAUUCUGGGGGUUGAAGUCCACACAUUUUAAAAGUUGCUGAUAUUGAGAAGCGCUGACAUAAAUAUAACAUCUAAUACUGGGUCUUCAAAGCCUUGAUUGCGGUAUGGGUUUUGGUUGCUCAAAAGCUUUUCUGCAAAGUCUAGAAAAUGAUGUAAAUUAUGUCUGAAGUUGGGAGAAGGGCAGGAUGAUUUCUUUCCAUUAUUUCAGAUUCUUCCAUAGUCACCUAUGACCACAGUGGACUUCCCCUCCUGACCACUAAUGGUCCUUGGAAGAAAUAAUUUUUAUCCAUAAUCAUGUAUUUCUGUCUAAUGGUGUGUGAUUGAAGCAUAAAAAUAACUCUUGUCAACAGAGCUGCCCUAAAGAGCAAAGAGCAAGUUCCAACAGGCAAUCUCAAAACAGCAGUUCUUACCUUCUGUGUCAGUGUGAGAAAUUCUGAGCGUGUUUAUUGUACUUACGCAGGAUCCAAGCACAAUGGGUAAAAUGAAUUUAAUUUCAUUUGCAACCCUAAGAUUAGAAUUGAAGAAGCUCUUGAAUGCUCUUCUCAAGUGAUGUUUUUUCCACGGGCUAUCUCUUCACAAGAUAUCUUCACAAAUAAUAGCUUUGGCACGGAUCAGGCUUUCUGCAGAAAUCCUUUUUCUUUGUGUGUGAAAAAGAAAAAGUUCAUUCUAGAUGUGCUUAUCUGGUUGCUUAUAAAAACUGUAUUGACAUGUGUUAUUUCUUCUAAGUAGUCCACUUUCCUCAUGUAGUAUAGCUUUUUUUUUCUUAUAUUAGUUUUUUUUAAGUGUUCAGUUAUAAGGUCCACCUUUUCAAUAUGCCGUGGUGAACUUAAGUGGUGCAAAGUGCUUUGGAUUGGAAACAGUUGUUUUAGUUACAAAACCAGCUGAAAAACAUUUUCUGAUGCUGAUCUUCUGAGAGUCCAAGCUCUGAGCUAUGUCAGUGUCAAAAUACUUCAGCUGAUGUUGAAAUGACUAUUGGAAACUCAAAAUGGGACAUUUCAGAUCUGAAUUAUUUUGGACACCACUAGGGUGUACUAAUGACAUAUUCUUAUUCAUCAUAACUUUCAUUAAUUUUCACAUUUUCUUUCAAACACAAUAAACUGUGUUCAGUUGUGCAGUAUGGCGAUAACUGUCUUUAAAAAAAAAGUUUCUCAUCCCAAAGUGGAAAAUGGGCAGUUAGAACUUUGGGUAACUCUAAAGUCAUGAAUAGUACUUUGGGUUCAGAGUUAAUCACUAGAUUUCUAAGCACCAUGGAGCUUGGUGUAAUGAUUACAAGUGAAUUAUAGUUUUGUCAUUAUUAAACCAUUCUACCUAAGUGGUUCACAAGUGGGUAAAUAUCCAUUAUUUCAAGAUAAAACAUUUACUUAGCAUCAGAACAAUAAAGUGUGUUUUUUACAUUGACUGUAAAAUUCAAGAGUUGCAGGGCAUACUUUCCAAGAUAAUCUGUAGGUAAUUUAAAUAUUUAUUCCCAGAAACUUCUCAUUAAAUGUAAGAUUCCCUAAGAAUAAUUCUAGAUGUAUUAAUUGAUUUUCCCUAUAAAUUGGACAAUUAGUUGUCUGUAGUAACCAAUAAUCUCUUAAAAAUUACUGUCAGCCUUUUUUUCAGCUUGCAAACUGCCACACCUUUAUUUUAGAAAAUGCCCAAUUGUAAUUUUUCUGGUUGUCACAGUGUGAAAGCACUUUCAUGAAAAAAAAAAAUGCUCUUUUUUUCCUCAAAAGGUAUACACUUUUUCAUAUCCACUUUGGAAAAUAAAAAUAUUAUUAUGUA